GUAAGGUUUGAUGACAAGACGCGAGUUCAUUUUGUUUUCCAACAAAGAAAUUGUAAUUUCUCUGUGACUCUUAUUUCUAACAAAUGAAAGGCAAGUUUCCUCAAUUCAGAUACAGUGUCAACACAACUUUUAUGUUGAGUAAAUUGAAAAUAUUUCUGAUUGCAGUCGUCGAACCCACGGAAGACUUUGUUUUAUUUUAAAUUAAAAUCUUAUUAAUUGUAGGUUUUGAGUUAAAUUCGUCACUAUAGAUGUUGUGAAAUAAAAGAAGUGAAACAAAAUUAGCAUGGAAUAUCAUUAUUCCGAUCUUUGUAUGCCGACGGAUCAUCUGCUAACUGGUCCAUAUGCUGCAGAAUAUGCUCCACAAUACUUGGUACCUAAGCAAUCAGCAGAAUAUGAAGUUCGGUCAAGUGUGCUGGUGGAUGGAGGAGACAGAUUCGGGGUAUCCGCAGUUGUGUUUGACAAGUUUGAAGAGCUGAUAUGGAUGGGGAACCAGGGAGGUCAUGUAACAUCAUACUAUGGACCGGGAAUGCAAAAAUACACAUCUUUCCAAGUACAUGAAUCGGAAGAAGUGAGAGAUAUCAUAACUGUUGAACAAGGUAUUUUCGCACUCACAAAAACAACUUUAAGACAUCAAAUACGAAGAGGAAUUCCGAAACGAACUUUCAAAUCUCCCAAUAUGACAGAUAUGCAAUGCCUCUUCCAAGUGAGUGCUACUAAACUGUUGAUGGGGGGACAUCAGAACAAAUUAAUCGAUCUAGAUCUCAAUAGGAUGAGUGAAACCGCUAUUCCAAUCCAAGAGGAAGGUUGUGCAGUUCUUCGUAGCGGGGGUGGUUCCUUAGUGGCUUGUGGUAGUGCCAAUGGGAUGGUCGCCUUACGGGACAUUAGGACCCCGACCACAGCUGAACAUACUUUCAGAGCACACUCUGCAUGCCUCUCAGACUUAGAUAUGCAAGGAGAUUUACUUAUUACUUGUGGAUUUACGCAAUCCGUUGGUAUGGCGGUAGCAGAGCCCUACGUGUUAGUAUGGGAUGUUCGAUGCUUACGUGGCAACAGUAAGCCGGGUGAAGGUGCGUGGUCAUUGCCGACAGUGUCCCCGCCAUUGUUACUACACUUCCUACCAGCGUUCUCUGGCAGAGCGGUCGCUUUGUCCGGCGACGGCCAUGUCGCUUUGUUGCAUGUCAACGCGCCUAAUGCCGCCGAGCAUUCUAUGUUCCAGGUUGACACUCAAAGUUCACAAUGCAGUGUAAUGGAUGUAUCUUCAACAAGCCAAGCGCUAGUGUUCGGGGACCAAUCCGGACACCUGCACUUGUUCUCCCCGCAGCAUAACCAUGAACCAGUGUUUAAUAACUUUUCCAGAGCAACAGAGUUCGCAGAUCAAGUGUUGGGUAUUCCUUACGUUGGGUUCAACGACACGACAUUCCAGUUCUCAACCGUACCACUACCUCCCCUUACUUCAGGCAACAAAUGGUUCAACGAAUUACCCGAAGAAUUCUUCAAGAGAAUAUACAGGAAACCGAAACCGAUAGAUCCUGAAGUACUGAAAUCUAUGAAAAUGCAAGGCCCCAUCGGAUAUGCACCGAAUCCUAGAUCAUUUAAAAGGAAUCAGAUGCCAUACAUAGAAGACAAUUUAGAUGAUUUGAAUUCUUCAAGGCAAAAUGAAAAUAAAUUUGUUGCUCAGCCCAUUCCUAAACACUAUCAAAAGAUAGACAUACGCUACAAUAAACACGGUCCGAAUGAGGAAUUAGAAAAGUUGAACAGAACAGGUCUUCCAGGGUUAGAGACGACGUUACCUAACUCGUAUUGCAAUUCUAUGUUGCAGGUUUUAUAUUACACAUUGCCGGUUAAGGCGACCCUCUUAGCACAUACAUGUGCCAAAGAAUUUUGUCUCAGUUGCGAAUUGGGGUUCCUUUUCAGAAUGUUAGAUACGUCUGGCGGCGCGCCGUGUCAGGCUAACAACUUUCUUCGCGCGUUCCGUACUGUACCGGAGGCGGCAGCACUUGGCCUCAUAUUGCCAGAUAGAGGACCGGAUUCCAGGGUCGAUCUAGUUGCUUUGAUACAGAGUUGGAAUCGCUUCAUCCUGCAUCAGAUUCACUACGAAAUACUUGAAACUCGGAAAAAGGAGAAAGCGUUACUAGUGAACAGUCCACCUAAACCUGUUCGUAUGCCAGCUUUGAACGUGAAGAGACCUGUUCCUCAACCGAACCAGGUCAACGGACAGUUUUCUGAAGAGUAUCAGUACACUGAGUUGGAGUUUCUGGGACCGGCUACGGAAUUUGAAUGUACUGAGGAACUGAGAGAGGAAGGGUGGACGGCUCGGGAGGAUGGUGCAGGCGAUGCUGAUUCAGUUCCAGUAGAUAACCACGAGCUACCAAACAAUCAACAAGCGGACAGGGAAGAGUCUGAGAUAUCACAACUAUUCGCCAUCGGAAGACACCAGCUCAAUCGGUGUAUGAAAUGUAACAAGGAGGAAGGCAGAGAAUCCGUAGUGUUGGCCUGCGCUCUUCAGUACCCCACAGCAGUGCGGGAAGGUCCGGAACCCCGGGGCGGGUUUUUAGAACUUAUUCGCGCAUCACUAGCGGCACGUCGCAGUACGCCUGCGUGGUGCGAACAUUGUUCUAGAUUUACUCCAACGGUUCAGCGAGGGAGAAUCGUUAGAUUACCGCCGAUUCUAGCGAUUAAUUGCGGAGGUGCUACCGUUCGAGAGAAGGCGUAUUGGGCUAAAGGGGCACAGAAAGAAAUGCCGGAAACGAAGCGAGGUGGCGGUGGCAAGCCUUGCCGAUACGGACUUCACUGCGCUCGACCAGGCUGUCAUUUCAAACACCCGGAGAGGCCUAGUCCCCAAGCUGGCUCAUCCAAGACGCCUGCUCAGGAAUCAAACUGCGUUCUACCGCAACAGCUACUUAUAAGACUGCAAUCUGACGGCGACGUUGUAAUUAAUGAUAAGUUGGAAUCCCCAACCGAGCCACAUACCCCGAACAAUAGGGCUGACAAGCACAAGAAAAAGAACGUUACUACACAGUCCGAAGAGGAAUAUACUCUGUCUGCAGCUGUUGUAUGCGUGGAGGACAACCCUAAGAACUUAAUCGCCUACAUACAGACAGCGGGGAAAGACGUUGAACCUGUGUGGUACUUGUUCAACGAUUUAAGUAUUGUACCAGUGAGCGCAGACGAAGUGGUGCAGUUCGGUGCGUGGUGGAAGACGCCGUGCGUCCUGUUCUACACGGCCAGCACGGCGCGCGCCCACGCCGAGUCCGAGCCGCGCUCAUAGCACUCGCUACUGUAUGGGCCGCGGAGCAAUGGUGCUAUCGUAAGCCCAUACGUUAUGAGCGAGAUGUACUACCCGGUACCGGCCGCGACGCAACCGCACUACAACUUCGUUCAAUAAAUUCCAAUACAUUGUAAGCUCAAGGAAACGCUCGGCGGCACAAAAUUGUGUGAACAAAUGUAUGAACUGAAAUUAUUAAUUAGUAUUUGUAAAUUAUGGCGAUUUUAGCUAAUCGAUAUGCUGGUUUGAUGAGGAUGUUGUAAUAAAUUAAU